AUGGCUUCAACCGUGACCUUUCACCGCAGUGCUGUUCGCACUGUGCAUCUGAACCAGCAAUCGAAAGCUGGGUUCGAUAUUGAGCCGAACUUUGUCCGCCGUCGUGUCCAGCUAGAAGAAGUACCGAUGGACGAGUUGCGGUUUUACCAAGGAUGCCACCGCAGAGCCUUCGACGACCUGAAAGGUUCUGUCGCUAUGGAGAAUCUGAAUCGGAUCAACGAAUAUAUGUCGUCACCAGCGCAGGUGGUCGUCGAAAGCAAAAACACCUAUUUAAACGAGACGUUGGCUGGUCUGGCGCCGUCGUCUUGCAUACGAGUUUCGACGCCUCGCCAUCGCCAUCGUUUAACCUCAUCUGUAGAGGGAUCAACUCUCUUCGUUUCACCUUUCCCUGUUGCGCUAACAGCCACAUUUGCUGAAGCCUGUCAGCUUAACUUACGAACUGAUUGUUGA